AUGGUUAAUUUGAAGUUAGGCCAGGUGGACGUGUUCCACAGAAAUAAAGAAUCAAACACGACCCAAUAUCCAGCUGAAGAAGAGGAUGUCGAUGCUUCAGAGUUUGAAGAAUACGAGCCACUACCAAAGAAAGUGAGCAAUAGAAGACCUCGUGAAGAUAAAUUUACGCAACAGAGACUGGCUGCAAUAAAUCCUGUGUUGACGCCGAGGACCGUGUUACCGGUUUAUGUGCUAGUAGCGGCCGUGUUUGUAAUUGUUGGUGGGUGUCUCCUUGCAGAAUCUGCUAAAGUCGAUCAAAUCAAGAUAUAUUACCAGGAUUGUAUGACGCAGGCUGGCACGGAUUCAUUUACGGAUAUGAACUCAUCGCAUUAUGAAUAUUAUUUCCAUAAGAAUAAGACAUUUAAAGUGGCCCCACAAUGGAGAUUUGUUGAUGAUACUAGUGAUGAUUUCAAAGAACGUGGGACAUGUCAGCUAAGAUUUACUAUUCCAUCAGAUAUGAAACAUACAGUUUACGUCAACUACAUGUUAGAGAAGUUUGCUGCUAAUCAUAGACGGUACGUUUUAUCCUUUAGUGAAGAACAAUUAAAUGGUGAUGCAGCAUCAUACGAUGUUGUCCACGAGAGAUCAGGUAUUAAUUGUAAACCUUUAGCACGUAAUUCCGAAGGGAAACUAUAUUAUCCAUGUGGGUUAAUUGCGAAUGCAAUGUUUAAUGAUACUUUCCCAUUUGAAUUGGUCAAUGUGGAUGACUCUUCAAAGAAUUAUGCAUUGACUAACAAGGGGAUUAAUUGGAAAUCCGAUGGUAUAAGAUUCAAGAACACUAAAUACAAUUAUACAGAUAUUGCACCUCCUCCAUAUUGGGAAAAGAGCUACCCUGAUGGCUAUAAUGAGACUAAUGUUCCAAAUGUACACGAAUGGGAAGAAUUCCAAAAUUGGAUGAGACCUGGUGCUUUUGAUAAAUCUACCAAAUUGAUCCGUCGUAAUCAGAAUGAUACUUUACCCGCAGGUACAUAUCAAAUCGAUAUAGGUUUACACUGGCCUGUUAAUGAAUAUAAUGGUAAGAAAGCUGUGUUCAUAACGCAUGGUUCCACAAUAGGUGGGAAAAACGAGUUUUUAGGUGAAAUAUAUUUGAUCGGUGGAUGUAUUUGUUUUGCUAUGGCGCUUGUGUUAUUAAGUACAUGGUUGAUGACAGGGAGAAAGAUUGCUGAUCCUAAUGCUUUGUCAUGGAACAAACGUACUUGA